AAUAUCAGCAACAUCAACAACAAUAUCAACAGCAACAACAACAAUAUCAACAGCAACAACAACAACGACAACAACAACAACAGCAACAACAACAGCAACAACAGCAACAACGAUGACAACACUAUUGAACAGGUCCAUCAACAAGGCAAAUCAAGCAAGGGACAAUCUUUACCAGAACAAGGCGGUCGAAUGGAAACUCUUCGUGUCUUUGGCGGCAAUAUAUGUCAAGGUCUUGUAUUUCAUACCUUCACCAUUGGUAUGUCAACUACAGCACGUGAAUUACUGGAAAUGGCAAUUACUAGAUUUGAUUUGGAAACUGGAUCUCGUUCUAUGGAUUACUAUCUUACGGUUCAAAGUUCAGAUGGAGAUGAUUAUAUCCUGUUGGGUCAAGAUAAACCACUACCAAUUCUUCGAACUUUAACCGCAUCGUUGACUACACCCCUACCACGAUCGUCAAUGGAACAGUUACAGCAAAUCGCAAAGACGAAAAAGCGAUUAUCAUUCAACGACGGCAACAAUAUUAAUAACAACAAUAAUAGCAACGAAAACCUUAAUAACCGUCAUCGUCCUAGUAGUUUCAACAAUUUAGAACAAACCUAUUACGACGAAGAUUCAGUAAUCCGAUUCUACUUACAUCAGCGAAUGAAACGAGGACGUGAAGAUUUACUUUAUAUUAAAGUAUGUCUAUAUCAUAGCGGCUUACCACAAAGGAAUUCUAAAAGCAAGAAGAAGAAAAACGCAGAAAUUGAUCGGGUGGACAAGAUUAUGGCUGUUCAAGUGGAUUCUCAAGUCGGCAUGGUGAUCAAUGAAGCUUUAGCCAACGUUCCAAAUGCUACUGCUGAAAAUUUUUUGGGUGGACUAGGUGAUGUACGACUGUUUACAAAGUAUCGAAUGAAUGUGCGUACAAAUGACGGUCUAGAAAUGACACUACAACCUACUCAAGAUAUGGCCGCCUUACUGACAAUGUUAGGACUGAAAUGGAAUAUUGGAGGAAGAACGCUUUUGACUAGUGAACUUUUAUUUUUGAUCUAUCCUGCAAACGGCAACAAGAAAAAAUCACGCCAAAAACGACCUGUCAGUUUAUCAAAGGAUCAUUUACAACAAUCAGAUCAACAAUGUAUACAACAAGAACGACGACCUAGUAUUUUGGAUAUUUUGAUGGAUGCUCCAAGCAUGAAAGAACCUCCUUCUCCUUUACAAGAACAAGGGGAACUAGGAGACCACAACACCGCUAUGGAUCCCCUAGCUUUGCGCAAGAAAAGUCUAUCUGGAUGCAACUUGGACACUUAUCCUCCUUCUUCUUCUUCAACUACUUCCUCUCACCAGCAGCUCAUUCCUCUCAACGAUUCAACUAUUACAGUAGACAAUCCUGACAACACAAUGGUUUUUGGUAUAAAUAAUGACAAGAAAUCAACACCAACAACGAUCAAGUCGAAUUCACUUAAACAACAAUUGAAACGAUGGGUGGGAUGGGGACCAAAGAAGAACCAACAACAACAGCAACAGCAACAGCAACAACAACAACAACAACAAGGUUGGUUAUCGCCACCAGCUUAUUCACCUUUAGAUCCAAAUCCUGUUGAUGAAGCUAUAUACAACGAUUCGCCUGUUGCGCCCACUGAAAUUACAAAAGAAUCUACUUUGUUUCAAGAUAACGUGAUGGUGACACCGUACGAUUCUGGUUUGAGAAAACCUUCUGAUUCUACUAUUAUUGUCCCUAUGGCUUCCAGUUCCUCUCAACAAUGUCUUUCAAAUACCGCCAUGGAAAUGAAUGGAAAUGCAACAUCUGACCGGGUAUCACCGAAUAUGGUCAUGAUGAAUACUACCCCUUCAACCCCUAUGAUGAUCUCGACUUCCAAUUAUACUCUUUCCGCUCAUUUAACAACAGCAGAUCCCCACAGCAACAGCAACAGCAACAGCAACAGCAAUAUCAGUAUCAAUAACAGCAACGAUAACACUACUCCAACAACUACUUUGACACCAACAGCUCCCACUCAGUCUGACACAAAUCCAUUACCAAUAUCAAACUCCAGUAACUGUAUCAACACUUCUGCUAUCACCACUAUAUCAUCAUCAUCAUCAUUACCAUUAUCAUUAACAUCGUCAUCAUUGUCUUCAUCAUCACCUGUAUUAGCAACGGAACAAUUAACAACAGAAAUUAUGACAAGCACAAGAACUAGACUGGAUUCUCCUUUACCACCAACUCCUUGGCAUCAACAAGAGACACAACCUGAUCGUUCUGCUUCUUUAAUCGACUCUGAUAUAUCAUCUUUAUCAAAUUCAACUUGUUCUUUCGACUCGACUGUGGAAUUACAAUACUCACAACGUGGUGAAGAAAUCAACAAGCAACAUUCUGUAUAUGAAUGGCUAUCUGACUCUGAUUCAGAAAACUCUCAAGUUGAGCAACCAGCGUCCUCCUCACUUUAUGAAAACUCUACACAUCAAGUACAAAAUGACGGCAAUGACGAUGUAUUGGCUCAGUAUUCUUCCUGGAUGAAGCGUGAGUCUUUGUCUGCGACAAAGGCAAUCGAUCAACCUCAAACAAGCAACGACAAUACAACAGGUUCUAUUCAAUCAUCUUCAAUAUCUUCGUCAUCAUCAUCAUCAUUAUCAGCAUCUACAUCCAUGGAAAAACAUAUCAAUACCGACCUUACUUUGAAUUCUCCUACAUCGUAUUGCCCUCCUGCAGCCAAUAGUCCAAAUGGAUUAUGUAGCAACAGUAGUACCAUCACCUCUAAUACGUCGACUAGUACACAAUCGAAUAUGCGUUCAACAUCACUCUUGUCCUCGAACUUAGAUACAGACGCUUUAUUAUUAGUGACACAUGGUGUGGAUUUUCUCAUGCAUCGUGAAAGCUCCAAUUGGGAAGAUGAUGACAAUAGCAACUCGAUGAAAAAUAAGACCACAGGCAAUGAUGAUGAUCGAUAUGCGCUUCAUCCUUGGAACGGAAUGAAAAAACCUGAAAGUGGCGACAACUAUAUUGAUUUGAUGUCCUCUCCUUCUUCUGUAAAAACAACAAGAUCUAUUAAUGAUUUAUCGACAGCAAGACCAUCAAUAGCAAGACCAAGAUCAUUAUCAACGAAAGCCAUCUCAAAUAAAACUAUUUUACCCUCCAUGCCUAGUUCAGCAUCACUUACAACCAAUGGUUCUUCUCUCUCUAUCAUCGGACAAUCAACAACAGCAACCAUACAUGAUAAAGAUGGAAAACAGCACUCCCAAAGAGAAAAAGAAGUCGUGGAUGAAGAACUUCAAAGAAUAGUUAGUAUGCAUGUCCUCUUCUAGUAAUGAUUAUAGUUUAGUGAGUGGUGAUAGUAUUUUUAUUGAUAUAUCUUAAAAUAAAGCAAAAAAAAAAAGUUUGAUUUUGAUCCAAAAUGCAUAUAGUUCAACUAUAAAUAGAGAUGUGGUUUUAUUAAAAAGAUAUUAUAAAAAUAAAUAAAAAAAAAAAA